UCCUCUUAGGUUCCCUCAUCAUAACCUUUUUUCUUAAUAUAGACACCCUUGCCUGCUGCCCUCAUUGAGGCAGUUGAUUAGAAUAAACAUUUAGUUAAUUAAGGUAGUUGUACUGUUGACUAAUAAAACUUGAGACACAGAGAGAGAGAGAGAGAGAAUUGACUUUUAAGUUAUUAGUAGGGCAGCAGCAUGAAGGAAUCUGCAGGUAGAAAACAAGGUGGGGCUUCUCCAUGUGCAGCAUGUAAACUGCUUAGGAGGAGAUGCAGCCAAGAUUGUGUUUUUGCUCCUUAUUUCCCAGCUGAUGAGCCUCAGAAGUUUGCCAGUGUGCAUAAGGUCUUUGGUGCUAGCAAUGUCAACAAGAUGUUACAGGAGUUGCCGGAACAGUGGCGAGGCGACGCCGUGAAUUCCAUGGUGUACGAGGCAAAUGCGAGGGUUAGGGACCCGGUGUACGGUUGCGUAGCCGCCAUUUCAUCUCUGCAGCAACAAAUUGAGCUCCUCCAAACACAACUGGCAAUCGCCCAAGCUGAGAUGGUGCACAUGAGAAUGCGCCACUUCUCGGCCGACAACACCGCCAUGGACUCAUCUGGAAAUGCCUACGAUGCCUAAGACUACUUACGUCAUCACUUUAUGCACAAUAUAUAUUUAUAUGUAUAGGUCUAUUCUUAGCAAGGGCCAUGGUGGUAGACCGGCCAUGGCCAACGUAGAGGAGUCUUUAAUUUGUCGUCGUCGCAUAUAUAUAUAUAUAUAUAGCCCAAAGAUCUUGUGGUUUAGUGGCACCAGGUGUCCGAAUUUACUCUACCACAUGAAUAAUGGGAGUAGGUUCAAGCCUCAGUGGAGGCAGUUUUACUUAAAAAUAUAUAUAUCUAUCUGUGAAAACUAGCAUGCUACCUACUAGUGUUUUCUUAUAUUAAUUUAAUUAUAUUUUGUAUCA